UUUUUAUAAAUAAACCUUUGAAAGAAAACCAACUCUAAAAUUGAUGAACUUGAAUGCAAGCAAGGAGAAACAAAAUUCGAUUAAAUCAAUAAUAGGAAGUUUGACCAAAUACCUUUAAUUAUUAUGCGAUAAAGAGAGCUUACAAAAAUGAUAUCUUCAUCUAUAGGUCUGUACGUCUAAACGAGAAACAAAGAACGAGAGAGAUUCCCACAAAUUUACAAAGACAGGCUGUUUGCACUAGUGUUGUAAAAUGGCGCGCCCAAACGCGUCAAAAAGAAACUGAUAAAAUAGAAUCACCCUUUUCCCUCGUUUACUGUGAUUAGUUAAACAAACAUAUAAAAACUGUUUGCAAAUCACAAUUCUCGUUUUCUAUGGUUGUAUUUGGCGGUCCUUCAUACUCUUAUACUAGGUAACAAUUGUUAUCUGUCUAUAAAGUUGUAAACGUUCAAGUCAGUCAAGAAUAUUUUACAGAAGAUCCCCUUUUUACAUUGAUGGAAGCAACAUAUUGUAUAUAGAAUAUGUUGACCUUUUCAAGAAUUUGUACGUUUGAGCUGGAGAUCGUGGUUGUAUCUUGGCACUGAUUAAAAUUUUGCACUAAAUUUUACUUGGAACAUAUAGAAUAUUUCAUGUUUCUUCCUAAUGAUAAAUUAAAAUGGGAGAGCCUUGUUUAACUUUUCAAACUUCUUCUUUUCCAAGGAUAUCUGCUGGAUAUCCUCCUGAGCAUGAAUGUCUAGGAUUACUGUGUUUCGUCUAUGGCUUGAAUCGGCACUUUUGAGUUUAUAAAGAUCAACGUAGCGCUGUUUUUAUUUUUUUUUUUCGUACUUGACAUAUUUAGCAUCCGAGCGACGCUUCUGUUACUUAUUACUGUGGAGGAUGAAAAUUCGAAAAAAUUGCAUAGGCCAUUUUGCGCGAAAAAACCGGUUUUCUGAAUUGUGUUGAAAUCUAGCUGAAUUGAUGGGUCUAACCAAUUUUUUCAAUAUCUAGCUCCUUUGUAUUAUUUAUAUCAUAAAAAGUACAAGAAAUCUAAUGCUUUUCUAUUUGUUUUUGUUUUUCUAUGUUGUAUUCUUUUUUUGUUUCGAGAAACAUUGUGACUUGUUUCGGAAGUAGCACCAAAACGUCACAACCGCCAAACAAUGCACUCCUUCCCAGAACCAUACUCUUUAUAAGAUUCGUCACUCUUUAAUUGUUUGAGGAAGAAUGCAUUCUAGCAAGCGCACUAUGACCAGCAAGGCUCAUAUGGAGCCCGAAAAGUCUUCUUUGAGACCUGAACUUCCUGAAGAUGUCCAGGGAUCCUUAAUGGAUGUCGGCAUGCGAAUUCGUAAAUCCGUGUCUACCGGUUACAAGUCAAAACAAACCACGUUCCCUGCUUACAAUCAACCUUUAUAUAACGACGUGGCCGAAAAUAUUGCUUUAAAAAAUACCGCAUUCUCUUUUGAACCCAAUGGUGUAAAGCGCUCCUAUGAAGACACGAUUCCAAACUACAACUGGGCAAAUCCUCCUCCCGAUUUUGAGGAACCUGAAUGGUUGAAACCUUUUGAUGUUGUUAUGGAAGGUACUAAUGAACGCCUCUAAGUUUUUCGUUUCUUCCCUUACCAAUGACAAAUAUUUUUGAUAUCGGUCAUUGUUUGUUAGUUGUCCUUGCUUUUCUAAUCAUCCGAACACGCGCAUUUUCUCUUCUUUCUUUGUAUUAUAUGUCUGUCUAUCAUUUGUCUACCUCACUGUUUCGGGUCCGUAAUACGUGAUACUAUUAUGGUUGGACGAACCUGUUUUUAAUUUAAUCUCCCCCAUUGUGUCCGUAUAACAACGGGUACUAGUUUUUUUUUCCAUCGUCAAUGGCAAUUCGCUUCUUUGAAAUACGGAAAUUGCUAUACAGCUAUUGACUUCUUAUGUUUUUAUGUCGUAGAAGUUUCAGUCUACUGGUUGUAUUGAAAUUGCAGAAUAUCCUGCGCGAAUAGCAAUAAAUGGUUUUUUCUUUUCAUAUAUAAAGUUUUUUUCUUGUGUAUUUUUUUUUUGGGG